UUCGCAGCUUCCUCGGCCCUAUUAAAUAAAGAUGAAGACAGGGAGACCGAACGAGGGAGACAAAGGGGGAGCGGAGGUUGGGUAUGCUAAUGGGGAAGAGACCACGGACUCCGAUGAAGAGAACGACGAGCCUCACGGAACUGUCUCCUGAUCUUGCGGCAGCAGCUUCUCCUGCUGAAAUCCCUCCACAACCUCUGGCGGCAGAUUCCAGGCGGGAUGGAAAGCCGCCGCCUUCGCCGGCAGUGCAGAGGAGCAGGAAGCGGAGAUGCUCGAGGGAUCCGUCUGUAGCAGAGGCCGACCCCUUCCUCACGGCUUGUGGUCUCUGCAAACGCAGCCUCGGCCCUGGUUUUGAUACUUUCAUGUAUAGGGGAGAAGUUGCUUUUUGUAGCAGUGAGUGCAGGGAAAAGCAGAUAACCAUAGAUGAUAGAAAUGCGAGAAAGAAGUGCCCUUCCUCUAGUGUAAAGAAAGCUGAACAACCUACACCCCCAAAGAGCUCUGAAUCCUCAGCGAGCAGUGAAACAAUUACUGCAGCUUAAACUGUAUAGUUCUGCCCUAUUUCCUUUAACAACUCAUUGCAUUAUAUAUCAUCAAUAUAGGCAACAAUUCUGAGCUCCAUGUUUAAGCAAAUUAGAUUGCUUUGAGCUUUGCUUUCCUCCUCUUCUCUUAGCUUUGCUAUGAACAUAGUGUGUGUUGUUAGAUGUUUUGAGUUAAGGUUCUCCAUUUCUCAUUUUCAUGCGUGAAAUGGAACAUGUAUGCAGUGAUUUAUCACAUUAUUAUUUUUUCCUUCGAAGAAAA